AUGAAAUUUCCUUUUCUAUUUGGCUACAAUGCCAUCCACAAAUCAAACCCUAUUAAGUACACCUGGCAGGACUUUGGAGCCAAGCUGCAAGAGAUUGAUAAGCCUUCAUCAGAUUGCUUAAUUUCAGAUUGUGAGGAGUUUAAAGCAAUGUGGAGGCUGGUUGAUGAGAUGAUUGAGAAAGACUAUACAACUACAGCAUAA